AUGCAUCCAAAUAGUCUAGAACUGCUCAAAGCCAUAUUGUGUAUAUGGGUUUUGCACGUGCAUUGUCUGCAAAACAAAAACAUCAGUUGCAUAGAGAGGGAGAGGCAAGCACUUUUGCAGCUGAAGAAAGGGUUUGCGGAUGACUAUGGCCUUUUAUCUUCAUGGAGUGAACAUGGAGACUCUGAUUGUUGCAGCUGGUGGGGUGUUGAGUGUAGCAACCAAACAGGCCACGUUGUGGUGCUUGAUCUUUCUACUCAUGAAUAUGAUCAACCUUUAAGAGGUGAUAUUAGUGCAUCAUUGGUGGAAUUGCAACAUUUAACUUAUUUGGAUCUAAGUUGGAAUAAUUUCCACGGAAACCUGAUCCCAGAGUUCAUUGGUUCUUUUACCAAUUUAAGAUUCCUUGAAUUGUCUCAUUCUUUUUUUGGUGGAAAAAUUCCUUCUGAAUUGGGAAGGCUUUCAAACUUGAAAGUUCUUUCUCUAGGAAGAAACUAUCUAGAGGGAAAUAUUCCUUGGCAGUUGGGAAAUCUUUCUAAGUUGCAGGAACUUUACCUCUUUAAGAAUCAUCUAGUGGGCAUAAUUCCUCACCAACUUGGUAACCUUUCAAGAUUAGAGGUCUUUUAUCUUCAUUCAAAUGACAAUCUCCAAAUUGACAUUCAAUGGGUGUCACACCUUUCUUCCUUGACUGAACUUGGGUUAGGCGAUAUGCCAAAUAUUAGAAAAUCCAAAAAUUGGUUGCACUUGGUUGGCCAGCUACCAAAUCUACUAUUUCUAUCCCUUAGAAAUUGUAAUCUUUCAGAUUUUGAUCUUCUUCAAGUGCAUCCUUCCCACCUGAAUUUUUCUAAUUCUCUUAAAUAUAUCCAGCUUCCUAAAAACAAGUUUACAUCAUCCAUAUUCCCUUGGUUGUUCAAUUUCAAAUCUAGUCUUACAGCCCUUGACCUGGGGGCAAACCUCUUAAAAGGUCCAUUUCCAAAUGAUUUGGGCAAAAUAAUGGAAAACCUGCAAUUAUUGUAUCUUGAUAAAAAUCAAUUGAAUGGAUCUUUACCAAAAUCAAUUGAAAAUCUAUUAGAAUUGAAAGAUUUUGAUGUUUCAGAGAAUCUUUUAAAAGAUGAGAUCAAAACUUGGGGCCCUUUGCUAAUCUCACCCAAUUAG